AUGGUGUCCGAAGGGGCUCUGCCCGUGGUUUGGUGUAUGCGUGAUAAUCAAUUAGUACCACAUCAGGUAUCUGGUGUUAAAUUACAAGGUGUCGUCACAGGGGCUCACAUAGCGGCCGUAACAGACUUUUUACGUAUGGUAGCCGGCACCCCGAUAGUUUUACCACAUACCACGUUUCCAGAAAACAUUGAAAAUGACCUUAAUGAAGAAAAAGAAAACACUUCAAGACAAAGGAAAAUAUCAAUGCAAGUGGAAGUUCCUUGUGUUUUCCUGUCCGAAAGUGCGUUACAAAUGGCCAAGAGUCGACAUAAUUCUUUAGAAGAUAAGGUAACGUUAAAAAACUCCAGUACAAACUAUACCGAUUCGCAAAAUACUAGAGAUAGUGUAAUGACGCUUUUUAAUGCAACUAACAAUGACAUGAUGGACGAGGUCUCGUCCACUGGCCCUAGUAUUUCACACUGUACUGAAAAUAUCACUCAAAGAAUAACUAGAAUAAUAGACUUAGAUAAUUUAAAUAACGAAGAAAUUAAUAACGAUCCAGAAAAAGAAUGUUCGCAAAAAAUAACGAGGAUAAUCGAGUUUGAAGAUAGUCAUUCGCCUGUUUCCAAAAGUAAGGAGAAUGAAGUGCUUCAGAAAAUUACCAGGAUAAUAGAAUUUAGUGAUAGUAAUUUAUUCUCCAAUAAUCAUGGCGAGGAUGGCGUUAUCGAUCAUAAAGUCUUCAAAUCGAAAUCUAUCGAUUCUAUUCUUCCUUGUAUGGCUAAAAUAAUAGAAAUAGAAAACGAAAAAUCUAAUGAAAGACGAAUUUCUUUAACGAGUGAGCGAGAGAUUAGAUGUGGUCUCGAUCAUUUCAACGAAGAUUCUGUAGCAAAAUUCAGACCAUUGCAAAGAAAUAGAUUUAGCGUCGAUUCCUCUUGCUCCGAAAACUCUUACGCGAAUAUUGAGACCAUUAAGAGUUUACAGGAUGAUAGAAAAGGGGACAUGUUUGAAGAUCUUACAAAUACCGAAGGUCACACCAAACCCAUUAUUAAAUCGCGGUUUAGGAGGAAAAAAACAUCUGUUUGCUCCAUUGGUUCGUCGGAUUGUGACGAAGAAAUAGACGUAAUUUUUAAAUCUAAGCCAAAAUCUAGUCAGUGGGUUAGUCUCGAUUGGAUCCCUCCACAUAAAGAAGAGCCAGUGAAUACGCAGGUCUGUGAUAAAGAUGAUUUUAUUUCUAAGUGGAUUGCCGAACAAAACUCUCAAAGCUCAGGCAUUUUGGCGGACGAACGGCGAAGAAGCCUUCCGCCGAAAUCGAACGAAAUAUAUUUACAAACGAUGAGAAGGUUCAGCGAUGGAUUACAAAUGUGCAAAGAAGAUGCAGCCAGUGACUCGCCCGCCACCGUCAAAUGGAGAUGGCACGAUUUAGUCAAACGGCAUUUGCAGCUUCUGAAGAAUGAUAAGGGCUUUAGAAGACAGCGAGGUAGUUGGAUGCGCACCGCCCGAAGAUUGUCACACUCAAACGUAAACAAUAAUAGCUUGGACACUUUUCCAUUGGAUACAUAUAUGAAGCUGAACUCUAUGCCAUGGUAUUUCCGAAAAAUAAAACGAAUUGAAGCCGAGAAGAAACUACUCCUGCCGGAAAAUGAACAUGGGGCUUUUCUGAUUCGUGAUUCGGAAAGUCGACACAACGAUUUCUCGCUGUCGGUCCGCGACGGCGACACGGUGAAGCACUACCGCAUCAGACAGCUCGACGAAGGAGGCUUCUUCAUCGCUCGUAGAACAACCUUCAGGACUCUACAGGAGCUGGUGGAGCAUUACAGCAAGGAUGCGGACGGCCUCUGCGUCUCGCUUAGCAAACCUUGCGUUCAGGUCGAGAAACCCGUGACCGAAGGUCUGUCUCACAGGACGAGAGACCAAUGGGAGAUCGAUCGUUCCUCUCUGAAGUUCGUCCGAAAACUCGGACACGGACAAUUCGGAGAGGUGUGGGAGGGUCUAUGGAAUAGCACCACGCCCGUGGCCAUCAAGACCCUCAAAUCUGGCACCAUGGACCCCAAGGACUUCCUCGCCGAAGCGCAAAUCAUGAAGAAACUCAGACACAACAAGCUCAUCCAGCUGUACGCCGUGUGCACGCUCGAGGAGCCCAUAUACAUCAUCACCGAGCUCAUGAAGAACGGGUCGCUGUUGGAGUAUCUGCAAGGCAAAGGCCGCGGCCUGAAGCUCCAGCAGCUGAUCGACAUGGCGGCGCAGAUCGCCGCGGGAAUGGCCUAUCUGGAGUCGCAGAACUACAUCCACCGAGACCUCGCCGCCAGGAACGUGCUCGUGGCCGACGCCAACAUCGUCAAGAUCGCCGACUUCGGCCUCGCCAGGCUGAUCAAGGAGGACGAGUACGAGGCUCGCGUGGGCGCGCGCUUCCCCAUCAAGUGGACGGCCCCGGAGGCGGCCAACUACAGCAAGUUCUCCAUCAAGUCCGACGUGUGGUCCUUCGGCAUCCUGCUCACCGAGCUCGUCACCUACGGCCGGACGCCCUAUCCGGGCAUGUCCAACGCCGAGGUGAUGCACCAGGUGGAGCACGGGUACCGCAUGCCCUGCCCGCCCAACUGCCCGCCCGCCCUCUACGAGAUCAUGCUCGAGUGCUGGCACAAGGACGCGCUCAAGCGACCCACCUUCGAGACUCUGCAGUGGAAGCUCGAGGACUUCUUCACGAUGGACAACUCGGAGUACAAAGAGGCGUCCGCCUACUGA